AUGGCCACCAACGGUACCACCACCAACGGCCAGACCGGCACCGGCGCCGACACCACCCACACCCAGUCGCAGCGCUACCUGAGCACCCGCGGCGAGGACAGCGGUUUCUCCUUCGAGGAGGUCGUUCUCAAGGGUCUCGCCAGCGAUGGCGGUCUCUUCAUCCCCGAGCACAUCCCCCAGGUCGCCAACUGGCAGGACUGGAAGGAUCUCUCCUUUCCCGACCUCGCCCACAAGAUCCUCUCUCUCUAUAUCUCCGCCUCCGAGAUUCCUUCCGAAGACCUCAAGGGCAUCAUCGACCGAAGCUAUGCCACCUUCCGCCACGCCGACACCACACCGCUCCGCCACCUGAACGACAACCUCUACCUCCUCGAGCUCUUCCACGGCCCGACCUUUGCCUUCAAGGACGUUGCGCUGCAGUUCCUCGGCAACCUGUUUGAAUACUUCCUCGUGCGCAAGAACGAGGGCAAGACUGGAAAGGACAGACAUCACUUGACUGUUGUUGGCGCUACGAGUGGUGACACAGGAUCCGCCGCCAUCUACGGCCUGCGCGGCAAGAAGGAUGUCUCUGUCUUCAUCCUGCACCCCAAGGGUCGCGUGAGCCCCAUCCAGGAGGCCCAGAUGACGACUGUCCUGGACGAGAACGUCCACAACCUUGCCGUCACCGGUACCUUUGACGACUGUCAAGACAUCGUCAAGGCCCUGUUCGCCGAUUCCGACAUCAACUCGACGCACAACCUCGGUGCCGUCAACUCCAUCAACUGGGCCCGUAUCCUCGCCCAGAUCGUCUACUACUUCCACUCCUACUUCUCCCUCGCCAAGACCUCCGAAUCCUUCAAGCUUGGCGACAAGGUCCGCUUCGUCGUGCCCACGGGCAACUUCGGCGACAUCCUCGCCGGCUACUUCGCCUUCCGCAUGGGCUUGCCUGUUGACAAGCUCGUUAUCGCAACCAACGAGAACGAUAUCCUCCACAGGUUCUGGACGACCGGCAAGUACGAGAAGCAGCCCGCGCCUCCCGCCGAGGCCACCGGCGGCCUGGCCACCGAUGGUGCCAAGGCGCAUGAGGACGGCGUCAAGGAGACCCUCAGCCCUGCCAUGGACAUUCUGGUCUCCAGCAACUUUGAGCGUCUGCUGUGGUUCCUCGCCUACGAGUUCGCCACCACCGCCGGCAUGGACGACGAGUGGAACAAGAGACAAGCCUCCCAGGAGGUCGCAUCUUGGCUCAAGGACCUUAAGACCAAGGGCGGCUUCGGCCCUGUCUACAAGGAUGUGCUCACUUCAGCCCGCCGCGACUUCGAGAGCGAGCGCGUCAGCGAUCCCCAGACCGUCGAGACAAUCAAGGACUUCUACAACAAGAUCGACUACGUUCUUGACCCCCACUCUGCCAUUGGUGUUGCCGCUUCCCUGCGAUCUAUUGAGCGCGCCGCCGAGGUGCCGCACAUCUCCCUUUCCACCGCCCACCCUGCCAAGUUCGCCGGCGCCGUCGACAUGGCGCUCAAGGAGGAGCAGGGAUUCAACUUCAAGGAGAAGGUCCUCCCCACGGAGUUUGUCGGUUUGGAGGAGAGGGAGAAGAGGGUCACAGAGUGCGUCAACGACUGGCAGAAGGUCAGGGAGAUUGUCAGAGCGCAGGUCGACGAGGAGCUGAAGGCUCUCCACAGCUAA